CACACACACUCGCUCUCUCUCUCACACACACACAAACUCACACACACACUCUCUCUCUCACACACACACAACAGCCCUCAGAAUGAGAGGUGACAAUAAGACUGGACUGAGCCAAACCCGAGGGCAUCAGCCUUAGCUUCAACACCACCCCCCUUGUCCCCUGACCCCUGACCCCUGAAAACCCAGGACCCAGACAGGCCAUCACAGACAUCCCUGGACUGGCUAAUAAGAGCAGUAGACAACCCUUCGUCCAGGAGGACCAGGGGACUAACCAGCAUAAUAAGGGAAUAUUAGCUGGAGUAGUAGCAGAGGCUCAGCCAGGGCUGAGAGGUCUGUGGAGGUCUAUAGGAGUCGAGCGGCAGCAGCUAGUGGCCUAGACACCAUACUGGGUGAGAGAGACAGAACAGCAGAAGGGGAGAGGGGUGCAGCGGCGGGGUGCCCGCCCACAGGUACCAUGAUGGAGAAACUGAACCCCCCUUCUGCCUCCCCCCCCUCUGACCCCCUAUCGGAGUCUGAACGACUGAGCCCUCAGCAGGCCCCCUCACCGGCUUCACUGGACGCUAGCAGCCCACUGCCGAUGAAUAAACCAGGGAGUCCGGGAGACAGGUUUGUCCCACCUGGCCCCCCUGCCUCCCCUCCUCCACCUCCAGAGCCCCCUACCAAGUUGCUCGACCACCCUGCCGCCACCAACAUCGAACCUGAGCCACCUGUCGCCAUGGAAACAAACAACGCCAAGGGAGGAGGUCUCAUUCAUUCCUCUCCGACAGCCCCCUCCUCCUCUCCGCCUCCCCUUCUCCCUGCCCCAGUGUCUACAUCCACUACCCCUGCCGUCCUCCCCCCAUCCUCCUCCUCCUCUUCUUCCUCCUUUUCCUCCAUUGCCCCCCUCCCUCCCCACAUCCCUGUUAUUAGUCUGGGACACAGUAAACCCCCCCAUCCCCUCUCCCUCCCCAGUAACACCCCUCUUACCACCCUGCACCCCAUCCCCACCCACCCCUACCACCAUGACCCCCACCACCACGGGGGCAUUCGCCUCACCCAGCUCACCUCCCUGUCAGGGACCAGACCAGGGGCCCUAGCGACCCCCUCCCAGGGCCCCCUGCUGCCCCACCAGUACCUGCCAUCACACCAUUUCUUCAACAGUUCUCAUCUUGGUCCCUCUGGUAACUAUGGAAUCUUUACCAGUAGAAGCAUCAAGAGACGGCCCUCCUCACACUAUGAGUUAGAUCUCAAUGAUGUGGGCCCUCCUCAGAAGCUGGCGAGGCGUGUGUUCACCAACAGCCGGGAGCGCUGGCGCCAGCAGAACGUCAACGGGGCCUUCUCAGACCUCCGCAGGCUCAUCCCCACCCACCCUCCGGACAAGAAGCUCUCCAAGAAUGAGAUCCUCCGCCUUGCCAUGAAGUACAUCGACUUCCUUGUCACCCUGCUCAACGACCAGUCCCAAGACAAAGCCAGGGGCUCGCCUGAUGAGGAGACCCAGGAUGAGAGGGCCGAAGCUGGGUUGAAUAACAAGGAUAUGCACCCACUUUUCCAGGGUGACACUCCCUCUUCAACUAUAGCCCACCACGACAGAGGAAACUCCACAGACUCAUCGGUCAUCGUCUUGGCAACUUCCCCGACCUCCAGUUGCUAUAGCAACACAGACAGCGAGGAGAGCCUGGGGGGCGGGACUAAGAGCUCAAUGGUGGUGCCGCGGGGCAUUCCGGAAAAGGUCAAAGCUCAGAUUCGGACUGUGGUGACACUCGUCAGAGACCAGCGGUGACAUGACACGUGACGUCACAAAGUGGACAAAAUGGAAUAUUUGGUGGUAAAUCGUAACCGGCAAACUGACAUAAAGGACAAAAAUGUGCAGUAUACUUACUACUCUACCAGACAAGCGAUCUUUGACACUUUUGGAAUUGAUAUAGUUCUUUCAAUGACAUGGUGUAUCUGCAAGGUCAGUUCUGAGUUCUUGCAGUAGUUUGUGGUCGUUUUUGACCGCCCCUCUGUUUGGAAUUUGUGUCCUGCAGUGUGGGACUGAGGCUUUCUGGGUAACGUAAGCUGUUUCAUCAGAACUGAGGCUUCUAUAGGGCUACCUGGGAAAUGUAGGCUUGACUGUUUGUACAUGCAGUCAGCACAGUGUCAGUUGCCCUAAAACAUCUGAAGGAGCCAUGUUGACCUCAUGGCUUUGCUUCCUACAGUUUGAGACAUCAAAAACAUAAACGACGGUAACCUUCAGCCAGUAGCUUAUGUGGCAGUUUUUGAAGUUUCCUAUUUCCUUUCUUUAGUCUGAUGGGAGGGGAACAUGGUCCCACCCUCCCUCCCUUAGAGGAGAAAUUGUGACACACUUGUCACAAAUGACACCCUAUUUCCCAUUUAGUGCACUACUGGUCAAAAGUAGUGCACUAUGUAGGGAAUAGGGUGCCAUUUGGGACACACACUGCUAGCUGACUGAAAUAAAGAGUGUUUUAGUUCUCUCUUCCUUAUUCAACAUCCUCUUAUUGCACUCCAGAAAACAUGCAGCUCUUUUAUCAGCACAAUUUCUCAACCCAUCGAAUUGUUUUGCUGCUGUGUCCAGUUUGAGAAACAGACAGUGUAGUUGCUGCCAAGAGUAUUGUUGUGUGAAGGGGUGAAGAUGUGUUUUGGUGUAAAGACAAUCAACGUAGCUUAUUUUAUGGCUGGUUCGUGAUUCUAUAAAAAGUGUGUUGUGAAAAAGUGCACAUAAGAGCA